AACGUGAGAAGUCUGCUCGCGCGGGCUCUUCCAGUUCGCUCCUUUGCACUUUGGAAGACUUUGGCGUCUCCUGCCGAAUUCACACGCACCGCCGUUCCGGUUGUUAUGCUGUUGGACUAAGAUCGCCUUUUUGGCCGCGCGGACUGGAAAAAGAACACAACCGGGAGUGGCGCCUCUCCCUUUCUUUCAAUGAAAUCGGAUCGGAAUAAAAAGUGACUUUCCUCCACCCAGGAUUUAGGGGGAGGGAGGGAGGGAGGGAGGGAGAGGGGCUCGCGAGUGUCCUGCGCCCCGAAGCCGCGUGCAGAGGCGACGCGCGAGAACCAGAAAGGGGAGCUCAGGAGGCGCCAUGGCGAGAUUCCGGGGUGUCGACUUGGCGGCCGGCGUGCUUUUACUUUUGCAGUGUUUUGCUGACCGGUGGCAGCUCAUCGCAGCCUUUAAGCCGAAACAAAUGCAGGGCUCAUUUUAUGAAAUGGUUCAGAGCUUCCCACAAGUGGAGGAGAAUGUACAUGUGGAUUUCUACACGUAUAACCACAGAUGGAAACGGCGUUCAGAGUCUCUCAAGCCAGUGGACACCAACAGAGCCAGUAUGGGGCAGGACUCCUCAGAACCUGGAGGUUUCACAGAUCUGCUGCUUGAUGACACUCAUGACAAUGCUACACAGAUUGAGGAAGAUAUGGAUCACAAUUACUACACUUCUAGGACCUACGGCCCUUUUGAUUCUACCAGCCGAGAUCUGUGGGUGAACAUAGACCAAAUGGAAAAAGAUAAAGUGAAGAUCCAUGGGAUCCUGUCCAACACACAUCGACAAGCAGCAAGAGUGAAUCUGUCCUUCGAUUUUCCAUUUUAUGGUCAUUUCCUACGUGAAAUUACAGUGGCAACUGGGGGCUUUAUAUAUACAGGAGAGGUUGUGCAUCGAAUGCUAACGGCUACACAGUAUAUCGCUCCCUUGAUGGCCAACUUUGACCCUAGUGUUUCAAGAAAUUCAACUGUCAGAUAUUUUGAUAAUGGUACUGCACUGGUAGUCCAGUGGGAUCAUGUACAUCUACAGGACAAUUUCAACCUGGGCAGCUUCACAUUUCAGGCAACACUUCUCAAUGAUGGGCGUAUAAUUUUUGGCUAUAAAGAGAUUCCUGUAUCAGUAACACAGAUAAGCUCAACCAAUCACCCUGUGAAAGUAGGGCUGUCAGAUGCAUUUGUGGUAGUCCAUAGGAUCCAGCAAAUUCCCAAUGUCCGUAGAAGGACAAUAUACGAGUACCACCGAGUGGAACUUCAGAUGUCAAAGGUCACCAAUCUGUCAGCUGUUGAGAUGAUUCCUCUGCCUACCUGUCUCCAGUUUGAAAGCUGUGGUCCCUGUGUUAUGUCCCAGAUUGGCUUCAACUGCAGCUGGUGUAAUAAGCUCCAAAGGUGUUCCAGUGGAUUUGAUCGUCACCGGCAAGACUGGGUUGACAAUGGCUGUCCUGAAGAGUCGAAAGAUAAGAUUUGUGAGAAGAAUGUAGACACAACUGAAAUGCCUUCUCACACCACUGUUGCUAUACAGCAAACUACAAUGAGAUUCAGGGUUUUAACUACUACCAAAGGAGUGACAACAUCACAUCUGCCAACUAGCCUGCCCACAGAAGAUGAUACCAAGAUAGCUCUACACCUAAAAGAUAAUGGAGCCUCCACAGAUGACAGCGCAGCAGAGAAGAAAGGUGGAAGUCUUCAUGCUGGCUUAAUUGUUGGAAUUUUCAUCUUGGUCCUGAUUGUGGCAGCUGCUAUACUUGUGACGGUUUACAUGUACCACCAUCCAACAUCAGCAGCCAGUCUCUUCUUUAUUGAGCGUCGUCCAAGUAGAUGGCCUGCAAUGAAAUUUCGAAGAGGCUCUGGCCAUCCUGCAUAUGCUGAAGUGGAACCAGUCGGGGAGAAAGAAGGCUUUAUUGUAUCAGAGCAAUGCUAGGAUUUCUGUGGCAGAUCACCAGUACUGGCCUACAGGUGUAAGACAUUUCAUCUGCCUCUUACUUAAAGGAAAGGAAACCUAAACUGCUGUAACCUGAGAAAGACAGAACAGAAUUCUGGGUAAACUUUCUCCAAGGGAAAAAAAAAGAAGUCCAUGGGAUCCCUGAUCAUCCUUGCCCAGAGCAAGAUGGUGUAAAAUAUUUCAUUCGCGCAACUCAGAAAUCCCUACAAUCUAAGAAUAUGGACACAAUGGCCAUGCAUUUGGUUUCAGUGUAAGACUAAUCAAGGAAAUGUAUACAAAGCUUUAGCUCAGAAAAGUGCUUCCCUGUUUGAUCCAGUUCUCUGGUGUUUUUAAGGGUCACAAAUGGUUGCCCUUUUCAUGCCCAGAGGCAAUGAUCCCCAUUGACAAGGCUACUGACAAGAACUGUCUGAUGCACAUAACAUAGCUAAGCAAUUUUCUAUACUUCUACAAGUAAUACAGACUUGGGUUUUUCUUUUCGUUCCAUUCCAUAAACAUGAUAUAUAUCUUGAAAUAGCAGAGUGUUUCUUGUAUUCUGUAGGAUUAUACACUGUGAUUUUUUUCACAACUAUACUAUUUGACAAAGCACUAGAGAGUUUUCUUUUUUAAAAAAAAGCAAGAAGGUUUUCACUAUGGUGAAAUUGGGCUGUCCAACUGGAGUAUAUAGUGAAAUUGGGCUAAUAUUCAGUUUCAAUGUUCACAAAAAAUGAGAUUUUCAGCUACAAUCCUAUAUAUAGUCACUUAGGAGUAAGUCCUGUUGAAUUCAGUGGCCCUUGCUCCUAAAUAGCCAUGCACAGGAUUUGGCUGUAAGUUUCAGUGAUAUUGUUUACACUUCUAAAUGAUGAGUUUGAACCAGAAGUUGAGGGUGUUUCUAGCUGAUGGUGGAAAAAAUAGCCACAGGGCACAUGUGGUUGGAUGAGGUAAUGUUACCAUUGAUAUAUGUCGCCAUUGUUUUAUCACAGGUGGCUGAAGGGCAACAUUUUAGCUCCAAUCCACCUUUUUCAUGUUAAACGUGUUGCAAAUCCAUGCAGAUUCAUAUAGUAAUAUUGUUUAAUGCACAUAGUAGCUGCAUAAAUAUAUAAAUAAAUAUAUAUAAAUAUAAAUAUAUUAUUUUUAUAGCUAACACAAGGCAGGCUCUUGUGACUGUUAAAGAGUGCAUUUUCACCAUCCAGACGAUGGAAAUAGAUUGCAUUGUUGCAUAUUUCCAUGGAGCUGUAAAAUAAUCCUUAAUAUUAAAAUAAAUUUUUAUGUUGUGUAGGGAAA